AUGAAAGAAAUGUUAGGCCCACCAGCAUAUAAACCUUUAUAUGAUGUAAUACGAAUUAAUAAAAUCAAACCUCCAAAUAUAGACACAGAUAUAUAUAAGGAAUAUUUAUUAGCUAAGAAAAAAUUUGAAGAAGAUCUUGAAAAUAAAAAUGUAAAAAUAAUUAUUUAUGAACAUGUGGAUGAUAGAUGUGUAAAAGACGAGAAUGUUAGUGAGUCUGAUAGUUCAGGAAUGGGUGAAGAAAAUUUAAAAAAAGUGAAACAAAAAAAAAAUCCAAAAAAUAUGAACGAAGGAGAAGAAUCUGGCAAUGUCAUACAAACUGAUGAGCAUAAAAAGGGGAGAAGCAAAAAAAGAAAAGACAAAAAAAAGGGAGAAAAAAAGGCAGAGAAAAAAGAAGAAAAAGCUGAAGCAAAGGCAGAAACAAAGCCAGACGAGAAACCUGAAGUAGAGGGAGAGGAAAAACCCGAAGUAGAGACAGAAAUAAAGAAAGACGACCAAAUAAACAGCGAUAUUGUUGUAAAAACAAAGUCAACGAAAAUUAUAGGAACACUUAAAAUAUUAUACAAUUUUUAUGUAAACUUAUAUGAUAAAAUAAAAGAAGAUAUAGAAAAUAUAAAUAAUAAUACAGAUCAUAAUAAAAUAGAUUUAUUUAGAGAUGUUAAUUUAUAUUCUAAUUAUAUAUCUAUGUUUGAUAUUAUAAAUAUAUGUGAAGAUUUAAAUAUUAUUAAAACAUUUUUAAACUCUAAAAAGGAAUGUGAAUUAAUAUGGAUUCUCACAGUUAAUUAUUUUGACAAAGUUGAUGAAAGUGUAUUCGAAAAAUAUAAAUAUAAGAUAGAUGUAAAUUACGAAAAACUAGAACCAAAACGGGUUCAUAAAUGCAUAGAAAAAGGAACAAAAAAUGAUUCUAAACAUGGGGAGCAUAAAAGAGAAGAUACUUUUCAAGAGACAGUUAGUGAAAAAAAUGAUUCCGAUUCUAAAAAGGUGAAGAAAGAUGGUGAGUCAGUAUCUGAAAAAUGCAAAAAUGAGACGAGAACAUCAAGGAAUGAAAUAAAUAGCAAAUGGUGUAAUAUUGAUAUAAAUAGGAGAGAAAAAAUAAAAGAAUAUAUUUAUGAAAACUGCUCCGAGAAAGUUAAUGCACUUAUGUUUCGAAAAGUAAAUUUCUUUGUCUUUGUCUACAUAAUGAUUUAUAUAAUUAAAACAAGUACUAGAAAAAUCAAAGCAAUAAAAGAUGAUAUAAAAAAAAUCAAAAGUUUUUUUUUUUUCUUAAACAUUUAUGAAAAGAAAAAAACUGUAGAAACUUUAACUAAUUUAUACACAGACAAAUAUCUAAACUUUUAUCAAAAUUAUAAAAGUAUUGAUGAGAUUGAAAAUUAUAGAAAGCGAAAAAUAUUUAGACAUAAAUUUUCUUUUUAUGAUAUUAAUAAAAUUUUAGGAAAUAAAAAUGCAGAAUUUGGAAAUUUAAAAACGGAUAUGAAUCAGAAGAAUGUUGAGGUAGCGAAAGUAGAACCCGUUGAAAAUUUUGAACAAAAUAUAGAAUCGGAAAACGGAAAUAGCGAAGAAAAUUUAUUAUUAACACUUAAAGAAAAUCAAACAGAUGCAUUAAAACUGGAUAACAAAUAUGAUGGGGAAAAUGACCGAUACAAAGAUACACAUAUUAUUGAAACUCCCGAAUUAUGUAAUGAUAUGUAUAUUAUAAACAAUCAAGAUAAUAAUUGCAUGAAUGAAGAAAAUAUAGACAUAAAGAAAAAUAGAAUUUUAAAUAGUUAUGUUUUUGAUUAUAUUUUUAAAAAUUAUUGUUACAAAAAAAAAUAUUGGGAUGUAGGAGAAAGUAGUAGUAUCGAUUUUGGGAUUGUUAAAAAAGAAAAUAAUAAUAAUAAAAAAUAUAAAAUAAAUAUAUAUAAUUAUAGUAAAUAUAAUAUAAUAGUUGAAGUUGAAGUCGAUAAAGAGUUACCUAUAUCCGUUAUGUUUAAAGACAAACUAUUUUGUGUUAGUUCAAAAUAUACUAUUUAUUUAGAACUUGAUAAUUCUAUUUCAGGAGAAAAAUUUGGAUUUGUUAAUGUCAAAUUAAAUUACAAAAAUAUAAAUAAAGAACAUGAUUAUAUAAAUAUACCUGUCUAUAUUUUUAUUCAGGAUUAA